AUGGCACCUCAAGAGACGGACGCGAAUGGUGUGCUUUUCGAGCAUGACGCGGAGACGGAGGACGCGGCCCUGGCGAAGACUCCGAUCCAGCAAGCCGGAGACGAAGAGUGGGACAACAGAUACGUGAAGCAUAUCCUCCUCUACGGCGCACUGCUGUACACAGCCGGGCUGUAUGGAGGCUACCUGUUCCUGGUGUCGGCAAAAUGGCAAACGAGUAUAUUCACCAUCUUCUUGUAUGUGGCGUCGAUAAUGGGUGCAAUAGCGGGAGCCCACAGGCUCUGGUGCCACAGGGCCUACAAGGCUAAAUGGCCUCUUCAACUCAUCCUUAUGAUCUUGCAAACUAGUUCUCUCCAGUACUCUGUGAUAUCUUGGGUGCACGACCACCGCAUGCACCACAAAUACGUGGACACGGACGCCGAUCCGUACAAUGCCACGCGAGGAUUCUUCUUCUCCCACAUGGGCUGGCUGAUGAUGGAGAAACAUCCGGAGUUCGAACGCAAGAGCAAGAGGAUGGACCUUAGUGACGUUGAAUCUAACCCCAUAUUGCACUUCCAGCGAAAAUAUUACGCAAUACUAGUCCCGAUUAUUUGCUUCACCCUCCCCACUGUUACCCCGGUCUACUUCUGGAACGAGACCUGGACAAACGCCUUCUUCGUGCCCGUGUUGUUCCGCCACUUCUGCACAUACAACGCCGUUGCUUUGACCAACUCCGCUCUCCACAAAUGGGGGUACAGGCCCUACGACAAAACCAUGAUGUCUACAGAAAUUAGUUUUCUCUCUCCGAUAUUAUUUGGAGAAAACAACCAUAACUACCAUCACGCCUUUCCUUGGGAUUAUAGGACGUCAGAACUUGGCGAUGGCAUGUUUACGUUGACUACGGCGUUCAUAGAAUUCUUCGCGAAAAUUGGCUGGGCUUAUGACCUGAAGACCAUCUCUGAUGACGUCAUUCGGAAGCGUGUUAUGCGUACUGGAGAUGGAUCGCACCAAAUUUGGGGAUGGGGUGACAAGGACCAAACUAAAGAAGAGGUGGCAACAGCUGUAAGAUUAUACCCUAAACAUGAUUAA